GCGUCCUUACGUCAAAUAAAAGUAAUUGUAUUUAUUUAUCGUACAAUUUUUUUAAAAUACAUCACAUUAUAUUACAAAACGAACUAUAAUAUAUAUAUAGGUAUUUAACACCAAUGUCUGAAGAUAUAGAAACUUAUUGUCGACUUUGUGCAGAACCAACUCCUGUAGAUCAAUUAAUAUCACCGGAAGAACAUGAAGUGUUUACUCCAAAGGUAGCAACCAAACUAUCUUGGAUAAACAUUGAUAUAUCAAAGCCUAACGAGCUUCCUAAAACAAUAUGCUUCUCGUGCUUCACUCUGUUAGACAGAACAUGGACAUUCUUAAACAACGUAAGGACUGCACAAGAAAAAUUAAAAGCAAUAUUUGUUAAGAAAUUGCAACAAAACAAUGAACAAACUCGCGAGGAAACGCGUGAAAAACUUCCGAAUAUUCCAGGUAAACCAAUAGACACAAACUGGGAAGACUUCCAAAGACCUAAACUAGAGAUUAAAAUAGAAGAAUCUAUAGAAAACCCUGAGGUAUUGCUUCAAAAAACUGUCAGCAUCACCAACGAAAACUCCGGCGACAACGGCGCCGUAAAGACUGAAAACGAUACAGACUACGAAGAUCUUCUUAUUGAGUCCAAUAAUUGCUACUUGAGCUCAUCAGAUAGUGAUUCACCUUUAAAAAAAAUUGCGAAAAAGAAAAAAGUAAGUCGAAAAAGAAACAAAGAUUCUAAAUUUGAAUCCGAUAGUACUGAAAUACCUAUUGAUAUUCUCUCUUUAAAUAUUACUUGGGACAAUCAAACGUGUAGGUGUGCAAAGUGUGACAUACUCUGCCAAAGUAUUAUAUCCUUACAGCUUCAUUCUCUCCAAAUUCACAACCAAUGCUGUUUAUUUAAAUGCAUCGAAUGCGAGAAAAUCGUCAGUACAUACAGAUCCAUCGUCAGGCACGUACGGACACACAACAGUGCACUGAGACAUUGCUGUGAAUAUUGUAAUAAGGUGUUCUUACGGACAUCGGAACUCAAUUUACACAAAGUGAAAGAACACAAAGACAUUUAUAAAACAAAGUGUACGUAUUGUGGUGCGUCGUUUGAGACACCGGAAGAAUUAAAGGAACACAAGACUAUAUUUUUCAAUGGAUCAAAGAAAUCAUCAAAGGAAAUUAAAAUCAUAAAUAGCGAUAAACAUACAGAUUGCAAAUGUGAUCUCUGUGAUAAAGUAUUUAAAAACCGUCAGAAUCUAUACCAGCAUCGAGUUCUACAUACGGAAAGGAGUAGGAACUUUGCUUGUCAUGUCUGCGGUAAAAUGUAUUACACUAAAGGUAGCCUCAGUGCCCAUAUGAGAACACACGAAGAAUCCAGGCGGUACAAAUGCGACCAUUGUCCAAGAGCCUUUCAUGCAAAGGGGAAUCUCAUCUCUCACUUAAGCUUACAUUCCGGUUUGAAACCGUUCAUAUGUGAACAGUGCGGUAAAAGUUUUAGGGCUAAACGUCAUUUGAUCUCACAUUCUAUCAUUCACACAGACUUAAGACCGUAUGUUUGUGAAUAUUGCAAUAAAACAUUCCGUUUUAAAACACGUCUAAAUCUCCAUGUUCGUCAGCACACUGGUGUGAGGCCGUACAAAUGUGUGUACUGUCAACAUGACUUCACAAAUGGGUCGAAUUAUAAAAAACAUAUGUAUAGACGGCACGGUAUCGACACUUCUUCUAGGAAUAAGUAUAAAGUAGUUGUAAAUAAAGAAGAUAAUGAAGAAACUAAAGUAUAAGAAACAUGAUUGUAUUAUUAAUGAAGUCUCAAUA